CCGCCCGCAGGCGCCUGCGCAAUGGGCCGGCUGUGGGGGGCGGGAAGCGCUGGGGGGCAGUGGAGCCCAUGUCGGCCCUGAGGCGCUCGGGCUACGGCCCCAGUGAUGGUUCGUCCUACGGCCGCUACUACGGGCCUGGGGGUGGAGAUGUGCCAGUGCACCCACCUCCACCCAUAUAUUCUCUUCGUCCCGAACCUCCUCAGCCUCCCAUUUCCUGGCGGGUGCGCGGGGGCGGCCCGGUUGAGACCACCUGGCCAGGAGAAGGCGAAGGAAGCGAUGGCUACUAUCCUUCUGCGGGCGCCUGGCCGGAGCCGGGUCGAACUGGAGGAAACCACCAGGAACAGCCAUCAUAUCCUAGCUACAAUUCUAACUAUUGGAAUUCUGCACGACCUAGGGCUCCUUACCCAAGUACAUAUCCUGUAAGACCAGAAUUGCAAGGCCAGACUUUGAAUUCUUAUACAAAUGGAGCAUAUGGUCCAACAUACCCGGCUGGCCCUGGGGCAAAUGCUGCCUCAUACUCUGGGGCUUAUUAUAAUCCUGGAUAUACUCAGACCAAUUACUCCACAGAAGUUCCAAGCACUUACCAUUCACCUGGCAACAGCCCGACCCCAGCCCCUCGUUGGAUGUACCCCCAACAGGACUGUCAGACUGAACCUCCAGCUCUUCGGGGGCAAGUUCCAGGAUACCAUGCUUCACAGAACCCUGGAAUGACCCUGCCCCAUUAUGCUUACGGGGAUGGUAAUCAUAGUGUUUCACAGUCAGGACCAACUGUUCGACCACAAGAGGAUGUGUGGGGGUCUCCUGGAGUUUACGGAGUGGGUGCCCGUUACCCCUGGCCUUCAUCUGCGCCCUCAGCGCCACCUGGGAAUCUGUACAUGACGGAAAAUACUUCACCAUGGCCCAGCAGUGGCUCUCCUCAGACACCUUCUUCACCACCUCUCCAGCAGCCCAAGGAUUCCACAUACCCCUAUAGCCAAUCAGAUCAAGGCAUGAACCGGCACAACUUUCCUUGCAGUGUCCAUCAGUAUGAAUCUUCGGGGACAAUGAACAAUGAUAAUUCAGAUCUUUUGGAUUCCCAAGUCCAAUAUAGUGCUGAGCCUCAGCUGUAUGGUAACGCCAACAAUGAACAUCCCAGCAAUCAAGAUCAAAGUAACAAUCUUCCUGAAGAGGGUUUAUCUUCAGAUGAAGGUACUCCCCCAAGUAUUAAAAAAAUCAUACAUGUGCUGGAGAAGGUCCAGUACCUGGAACAAGAAGUAGAAGAGUUUGUAGGAAAAAAGACAGACAAAGCUUACUGGCUUCUGGAAGAAAUGCUAACCAAGGAACUUUUGGAACUGGAUUCAGUUGAAACUGGGGGCCAGGACUCGGUCCGGCAGGCCCGGAAAGAGGCUGUUUGUAAGAUCCAGGCCAUACUGGAAAAAUUGGAAAAAAAAGGAUUAUGAAAGGAUUUAGAACAAAAUGGAAGCCUGUUACUAACUUGACCAAAGAACUCUUGAUUUUGGUUAAUUACCCUCUUUUCUAAAUGCCUGUUGGUGAGAAGAAGCAAUACAUUCCAACUUCCCUUUGAUUUAAAAUUUGAAAAGACUGGCAAAGGAACGGAAGAAUGUUUUAGUUAAAAGUUGCUUUCAGUUUUCAGACGAAUGAAUGUAGUAGGGAACUAUGGAGUUAAGAUACUGCCAAGUAGACUCACUCCUUAAGAAGCUUACAGAUAUCUGUAAGCUGCUUGUCAACAGCAGGAGGGAAAUACAGGCUUAUGAGAAACAGGCUUAUCAAAAAUCUGCCAGAUGAGACUGGAUAUAAUCUGAGAAAAACAGAAUCUGUUUUUUUUAAACAUCUGGAUUACUUGUCACAUUUUUGUAUAUUGUGACUGCUUUCAGCAUAUACUUCAUAUGUAAAUUACAGCUUAGACUUCAGCCUUCUUGGACCUCUGUUUCCUUUUUGUUAUUUACAGUUCACAAAUAGAGUAUCCUCUACUUCUUGGUACAUUUUGUAGUAAUAAUAUGUUUAAUAUAAUUAUUUGAGAGACUAUAUUGACAGCCAGAUAGUAUGGCUAUUCUGAAUGAACUGAUAUCUUUUCACCUCUUGAAUAUAUUGCAAUGUGUAGUGAUUUCCCAAGGUAAAUUGUUUGUUUCCCAUGUUGUAUAGAUUGUUAGUGUUUUUACACUUGCUUCUCAUGUGGUAGUGAAAGGUGAAUUUGGAAAUGGCAUUGACAUAGUAUGAAAAUGUUUGUGGACAUUUUUCUUUUUUUGCUUUUAUAUUGUUUUGAGAUAAAGAUCCACUUUAAAAUUACCCUUUUUUUGGUUUUAACAACAUAUAAUUAUCUUUUCACUGUUGCUGCUUCUGUAGAGAGCAUUGUGAUACAAAUGGAACAGUAAGUGCCACAGUAAGUAGAAAUAAUGGCUGCAAAAGUAAUAAAUACAAUUACUUAGUAAUACCAUUCUUCCGUCUAAGAUUAGUUUCAUUGUCAAGAUCCCUAUGAGCAGGUUCAGCUCAGUUUAUAGAUAAAUGAGGGUAAAAGGGGAUUCAUGCUCAGGGAAUGAAUCAGCCAUAGUUAGAAUAGGAAAUUAAUUAUUUUCUUCUUUUAAAUGUAGAUUUGAUGUUUAUCUUUAUUUCCCUAAAGUAAAUUGCAUAAAUAGAAUUGCCUGUUUCAUAAAAAGAUGUUUUGUUUUGUUUUUUUACCAUUAUUAACAGUCAUUUUAGAGCCAAAUUUAAGGAAGGGGUAUUGAAGGGGUUUUACUUAGAAGAGACUUAGGUACAUAACUUACUUUUUAUAUCUGAGGUGAGUUUUAGUAUACAGUAUCUGUUCUUAGAAAAACAACUGUUUCUUCACAAAAUAUCCAAGUGGUAAUUUUUUUCCUAGACUGCCAGGCCUAUUAGUGAUACUAAAUCUGUCAGCUAUCUCCGUUCUUCAAAAACAAAACCAUAUUAGAUGAGAGGAAAUGUAGUAAAAAUAUUGGCUGCAUCUUAUGGUUGGGAUGAGUGAUUUUGCAAGAUAAUAUGGUGAUUUUUUUUUUUUGGAUUUUAAUUUUUGUCCUAAUGUAGGAAUGUUUAAAAAAGGCUUUCCUAUGAAGUUAAAAAUUAUACUUGAGAUUAAAAAUAUGGAAGGGGGAGGACUUCAAAGCUAAUUUACCAGUGAGACAAUGAGUAAUUCUGAAGAGGACACUACUGUUUUACUGAGUGCCCAAGAUGCCAAUUUCCAUGAAGUCUUGAUUUAUAUAUAUACACACACACACAC